AUGGAUGGCCCCAAUACCAAAUCAUACCACAUCCCCUCCGACGCCGUCUGGUUCAUCACCGGAUGCUCCUCAGGCAUCGGCCAAGCCCUCGUCCAGUACAUCACCACACACCACCCAACCCACCGCGUCGUCGCAACAGCGCGCAACCCAGCGGCCUUAACCCAUCCACCCAACCCGAGCGUCCUCCCCCUCCCGCUGGAUGUCACCUCGCAAGCCUCCAUCAACUCUGCCCUCGACGCGGCUCUCACCCACUUCCACCGCAUCGACAUCCUCGUCAACAAUGCCGGCUACAGCCUCGUAGGCGACACCGAAGUUGCCGGCGACGCCGAGUCGCGCGCCCUCCUCGACACCAACUUCUGGGGUGUCGUGGACCUCACCAAACGAGCUCUGGGUAUCAUGCGCGAUACGAACCCCGAGUCCGGGGGGGCCCAGGGCGGGGUGAUUCUGAACGUCAGCUCGAUGGGCGGUUUCAUCGGGUUUCCGGGCAGUGCGUUCUACCAUGCGAGCAAGUUCGCGGUGGAGGGGUGGACGGAGGCGGUUGCGAGGGAAUUGCCAGCUGCGUGGAAUAUCCACCUCUGCAACAUCGAACCCGGCGGCGUCAAGACCAAUUACGCGACAACCAGCCUGAAAUUUAUGAGCCAGGGAAGACAUCCCGCGUAUGCGGAUCCGUCGUACCCGUCGAACAGGCUGCGGGAGUAUGUGGGCAAGGAGGAGAAUCGGCGGGCGUGGGCGGAGCCUGAGGCGAUUGCUCGGGCGAUGGUGAACGUGGUGAGUCGAGGAGGGAGGAUUCCUAUUCGUGUGCCGCUGGGAGCGGAUUCAUACGGUAUGAUCUUGGCUGAGUUGGAGAGUAUCAGGAGGGAUCUGGAGGAGACGAGGGAGAUUAGUUUGGCUGUUGGGGAGAUGGAGCAGUUGGAGUCGAUUAGGUUUUUGCAGAGGGAGUAG